AGCUGAGGAGAUGGGAGGAGAAAAGGCCCAGGAGAGCUUGCAGGAGCUUUUUCCUGCCUCAUCUGUUGCAAAGCUGCAGGAGAGGUGGCAGCCCGUGCAUCCUGCCAGCCGAAACAGAAGAAACUUUGUGUAAACGUACACAGUAUCAGCAGGGAACACACUGAGAGAAGGAAAUGCGUCUGCCGCGCUGUUACUGGGAGAACCUACGGAUUACACAGCCUGCAUUGUAAAGCCGCUUUCUCAUGCGUAAAAACCCCAUCUGAUUACAGGACUACACCGAACCGAACUUCCCCGUCUGCAAAAAAAAAAACAGCACGUUGCUCUUUUUUUUAGUGUCACAUUUACAUUUCGAGAACUUGAAAGUUUUGAUGCCACUUUUUGUGCGAUUGUUGAGGGCUGAAAAAAAAGUUGUGUGUCAGAGAUUUUGAGGCGCACCAAUCCGUCCGCUCGAAGGAUUUUUGGAGACUGAAGACAUGAGACUGUUUGUCAUCUGCGCGCUCCUGCUGUUAAAAGUUACUCUUGGAGAUGCCUGUGCCAGUGGCAAGUUCACUGAAUCAGGGCAGUGUUGCAGUCUGUGUCCCGCCGGCUUUGGAGUGGAGGUAGAGUGUGGGAAAGAGGAUACCAAGUGCACACCAUGCCCACAGGGAACAUUUUCCUCAUCCGAAGGCCUCAGCCAUUGCCUUCCGUGCGCUAAGUGCCCACUGAGUGUCCCCAUGUGGGCCUCUUGCUCCGCCACUCAGGACACACAAUGUGAAUGUGACAGCGGCUUCUUCUUCUUGAGCGACCAUGGCCUGUGUGCGUCUUGCUCCAAGUGCAGUCGUGGCCAGGGUGUUAUCCGGGAGUGUGGCCCACAGGGAAACAGACUGUGCCAGAUGUGUGGCCCAGGAACAUUUUCUGAGGAGCUGGUUAGCACCAAACCCUGCCAGACCUGCACCCAGUGCUCUGACAGUGAAGUGGAGAUCCGAGCUUGCAUGCCCAACUCUGACACACUCUGCAUGGAUAAGAAGCUGCACAUUCUGUCUCGUCCUGCUCUGGAUUUGCCCGGUGGGACCCGAGAUGUUCCUCGCUUGCCAGGUGUCGAGACGGUGACAGGGAAAGGGCACGCCACUCCUGCCCCUGGAACGCUUUCCCCACAGGAUGAUGGUGGCAGCAAUAACAUUCUGGCCUACGUGUCUGUUCUUGCUGCUGUGGUGCUGGGUCUGCUUGUUUAUGUGGCUUAUAAAUGCUGGAGAUCAUGUAAACAGAAGAGGGCUCUCUCUAAAGCCCGUGCAGCUGAGUUGGGAACAUCUCCAGAAGGAGAAAAGCUCCAAAGUGACAGCGGCGUUUUCCUGGACUCCCACAGCAUACAGGACAACCAGCCCAGCAAAGGUACGAAGAGGGACAGCAAGCAGGACAAUCGUCUGUACAUCAACCUACCCCCCCACAGGCAGGAAGAGGUAGAGCGCCUCCUGCAGGAGGGAGGGGGCAGGGGGUGGAGGCAGCUGGGGGCAGCGCUGGGCUAUGAGCCUGAACAGCUGGACUUGUUUGGGCGUGGAGAGGCCCCCGCUCACACGCUCCUCUCUAACUGGGCCCAGAAAGAAGGCUCCACUCUGGGACUGCUGUGUUCUGCACUGGCUCGCAUCGAGAGGCCUGACGUGGUAACAGUUCUUAACUGCCCCACGCAGGGCGUUUCUGUGGUCUGACAACUCCCCGAACACGUAUGACACUAACAGACUUAAAAGAAGAACUUGAAAUGACAAAAGAGGCACUCUAAAAUCAACACCUCUGUCAUUGUUGGAGGCUACCACUGAUGGUUCUGUUUGCUUUGUUGGGACACUUAUUAUUCAGUUUUUACUAACAAAAGAGACCAAAAAAUUUUCUUGUAACACUUUCCUCUACCCCAGUUUAUGUCACCAUUUCAUUUAAUGUGGAUCCAACUGCAUGAAAAAGUAUCCUGCAAUGUGUCUGUUCAAGCAAAUCACCAGUUAUCAGGGGAAAUUAACUGAAUAUACAGUAUGUCGCACCGCCACUACUGAUGGAACAAUUUAUUUCAAUUAUGGUUAAGCCUCAAUGCCUUGCUCAAUGGACACUGCAGAAACAUGGUCAGAUUGGAUUAGACCUACAAUAACCUCCACAUACGCUAUAAGUACAUAUUCAACAUUGUUUACAUGUACACAAAUUCUGGUUACUGUGACUAUUCGGUUAGGAGCAGGUAACAGAAUAAUGUGUUUACACGUGUUGCAUGUAUUUGCUCAUUCUAAAACCACUGUUUACAUGUUAUUUGAACAGUAAUCAGAUUUUCCCAUGCUCCCUCUUAAAAACCUCAGCCUCCCACGUGCUAUUGUAAACAAAUGGACGGCUUAGAUCAUCAGAUUUCUAGUCUGGCUAGUUUCAUGAAUCACAACUGCAGCAACCACUUUGGUAUUGCAGUUAAUUUUUUGCCAACAACCAUGCUUCAAACAGGAUACGACUUUCCCUAUUUGGAUCAUUUCCGUUCACAUGGUCUUGCCUAAAAAGAGAAAACUCCACCCAAUUAAGAGUUUACACGGCCAAUUGAUCAGAUUUCUCCAGUAGAAAUCCAGUAGAGGUCAAGGGUCUUCUUAACCAUGCCAAUGAUGCUUGUAGUUGGUAUUUUCUUUAUAAGAACACUUUAUCAAAUGUGUAGAUGGGAACUACUCACUAGAUGGUUUUUAAAAUGUGUUGCCUUGUUCUGUUGGUUUUUUUCUUAUUGUUUUUCUGCUGCAGUCUCUGAGUAGCCUUGGUAUUUAUUUACACUGAGGUUAUAUUAUGCACCAGUGAUGUUUCAAAUCUCAUCAGAAGACACACAAAAAUGAAGCAUUAUGUGAAAUCUAAAAACACCUUUCUUAGCUCUUCCCAAUAAUCAUUUAUGAUUGUAAAUAUCUUAAAUAUUGCUUCGUUUUGAUAAGUCAUGGCUUACAGCGAGAUCUUAUUAACUGUGAAGAAUGAAGAAAAAGGAAUAGAAAUGAAUCUUUUCCCUCUAUAUUCAUAACACACAGCUACAUCUUUGUCACCUUGAUUUCUCAUAUUAGACACAGAAAGUUUAAAUCCAAAGACACCAUUAACAUCAAUACAUGUGUCCAAGUUGCCAUCUUGCUUUUGUAUUUAUUUCAUCACCAUUUCAAGUCUAUAACUAAAUAAAAUCUAUGAGAACCAUG